AUGUCCCGAGCGCCGCCGGGUCUCAGCCGCGCGCUGCCCUCCCCGCAGGCGCUGGAGGUCUACAGGCUGCUGGCGCUGGGAAUGUCGCUCUGGAGCCAGCUGGCCGUCCCGCUGCUCUUCCUCGUCUUCUGGCUGGUUCUCUUCUCGCUGCGGCUCGUCUCCUACCUGGUCUCCUCCAGCAGCCCCGUGGCUCAGCAGGGCCUGCUCUUCAUCCUGCUCAGCAGGGGGGUGACCGAGGGUGUGACGCUGCUGCUGCUGGCACUGCAGACGGGGCUGCUCGACCUGCAGAUCCUCCAGCGGACCUUCCUCCUCAGCAUCAUCCUCUUCAUCGUGGUGACCUCCACGCUGCAGUCCAUGAUCGAGAUCGCCGACCCCAUCGUGCUGGCGCUGGGGGCCUCCCGCAACAGGAGCCCUUGGAAGCAUUUCCGCGGUGUCAGCAUGUGCCUCUUCUUGCUGGUUUUCCCUUGCUUCAUGGCCUACAAGAUCGCACACUUCUUCCACCUGGAUUUCUGGCUGCUGAUCCUGGUCUCCAGCUGCAUGCUCACCUCUCUGCAGGUGAUGGGCACGCUCUUCAUCUACGCGCUCUUCAUGGUGGAGCUGUUCCAGGACACGCCGCUGGAGCGCAUGGACGAGAUCAUCUACUACGUGAACGCGGUGAGCCGCGUGCUGGAGUUCCUGGUGGCCGUGUGCGUCGUGGGCUACGGCACGUGGGAGUCCCUCUUCGGCGAGUGGAGCUGGAUGGGCGCCUCCGUCAUCAUCAUCCACUCCUACUUCAACGUCUGGCUGCGCGCCCAGUCGGGCUGGAAGAGCUUCCUGCUCCGCCGCGAGGCCGCCAAGAAGAUCAACUCCUUGCCCAGGGCCACGCGCGGGCAGCUGCGGGACCACAAUGACGUGUGCGCCAUCUGCUUCCAGCGGUUCCAGCCGGCGGCGACCGAGGCCGAGGCAGGUGCCAGGGCCGCGGUGGAGCCGGACCGUGAGGACGAGGUGCCGGAGGAGGAAGGAGAGCCCGGGCAGCCCGAGCAGAGCGCCCCGGAGGCGGCUCAGCCCGCGCACCAAGGACUUCCCCCAGACCCCACGGCUGCUCAUCCGCACACCUCCGCUGGGCACGAAGGAGGAGCGGGCGCCUGCCCAGAGCCCUGCAGGGCCCAGAGCUCCGCGGCCGGACUGCCCUCCGUGAGGUGGCUGCAGAGCACCGGCAUCCUGGACGCCAGCACUGCCGCGCAGAGCGGGGUGGGCCUGGCCCGUGCCCACUUCGAGAAGCAGCCGCCCUCCAACCUGCGCAAAUCCAACUUCUUCCACUUUGUGCUGGCCAUGUACGACCGGCAGGGCCAGCCCGUGGAGAUCGAGCGCACCUCCUUCAUCGACUUCGUGGAGAAGGACCGGGAGCAGAACGGUGAGAAAACCAACAACGGCAUCCACUACCGCCUGCAGCUGCUCUACAGCAACGGGAUCCGGACGGAGCAGGAUCUCUACGUGAGGCUCAUCGACUCCAUGUCCAAACAGGCCAUCAUCUACGAGGGGCAGGACAAGAACCCCGAGAUGUGCCGCGUGCUGCUCACCCACGAGAUCAUGUGCAGGUUUUUCCUCAAGUUCUUCCUCAAAUGCAACCAAAACUGCCUGAAGAAUGCGGGGAACCCCCGGGACAUGCGGCGCUUCCAGGUGGUGGUGUCCACGACGGUGAACGUGGAUGGCCACGUCCUGGCCGUGUCCGACAACAUGUUCGUGCACAACAACUCCAAGCACGGCCGCCGGGCACGACGCCUUGACCCCUCCGAAGCCACCCCCUGCAUCAAAGCCAUCAGCCCCAGCGAGGGCUGGACCACGGGCGGCGCCACCGUCAUCGUCAUCGGGGACAACUUCUUCGACGGGCUCCAGGUUGUCUUUGGCACCAUGCUGGUGUGGAGCGAGCUCAUCACGCCGCACGCCAUCCGCGUGCAGACGCCGCCGCGCCACAUCCCUGGCGUCGUGGAGGGGACGCUCUCCUACAAGUCCAAGCAGUUCUGCAAGGGAGCCCCGAGCCGCUUCGUCUACACCGCGCUGAACGAGCCCACCAUCGACUACGGCUUCCAGCGCCUGCAGAAGGUCAUUCCCGCUCGGGGGGCCGGCCCCCACAGUCGCUGCCCGCAGGAGGUGCUGCUGAAGCGCGCGGCAGACCUGGUGGAAGCGCUCUACGGGAUGCCGCACGGCAACCAGGACCUCAUCCUGAAGCGCGCGGCCGACAUCGCCGAGGCGCUCUACAGCGUUCCCCGUGCGCCAGGCCAGCUGUCCUCGCUGGCCGCUGGCCAUGCUCCCAUCAUGGGCACCAACUCAUUCGGUGGCGGCCAGCUGGCCGGCGGCCUCGGCGAGGCGGCACCGGGCACCGAGCAAGAGCUGGUGAAUCCUGUGCACUGCACACGGACCUGGUGA